AUGGGAAAUAAUCUUCUCAAUGCAUGUAAAAACACUAGCGCACCAACUGAUUAAAACGAUGGCGACAAUGAUCAAACUCAAAAAGAGAAACAAGAAAAAAGAAAGCUAGAAAGAAAGAAGAAUCAAAGGAAUAAAAGCGACUUUGGUUCAGUGCACGCAGAGGAUAUUAUAGAAAAAAAGGAAAUUCCACGGUAGGAGGAAUAAUCAGAUUCUUCGAGCUAGCAAAUGAAUGGAUUUGAUGGACAAUCUUACCAAAGCAAUGAAAUCAACUCAACAUAUAAUUAGGGUUCAGAAAAUCAUCUUAAUAAAAUGAGGAAGUCUCAGCACAAUAAAUACUCUAAAAAAAAUAGACAUAUAGUGAAUAAUUUAGUAAAUGGUUAGAAUCAGCAAAAAGAGGAGGAUAAAUUCUCACACUCAGAGAGUGAGCAUCCAUCUCCCAAAUAAGGUGGAGAAAAUGCAGAAAAAGAAGCAGAUUCCGUUGAAGAAAUAAGAUAGUUAAAAAAUAACAAUGAUAAAUACUUCACUAAGGAAGAUUAAGAAUAUUAUGAAAAAAAAUAUUACAAUGAAAAAAAAGUACAGCCUCCAAAAGAUAAAAAUAUUAGAUGGCAAUCAGGCGAAGUUUUGGGUACAGGUUCAUUUGGUUAAGUUAUACUUGGAAUGAAUAUAGAUACAGGAGAAUUUAUGGCUGUCAAAUAAGUUCAUAUAGGCGGUUAUAAUUAAAAGGAUAGAUAAGAAAAAAUACAAUAAAUUUAAAGCGAAAUAGAAGCUCUGAGGAACUUUUCUGACAAAAAUAUAGUUAGAUACAUAGGAAUCAAAAAAAGCGAGACAUCCAUUAAUAUAUUCUUGGAGUAUGUUCCAGGCGGUUCAAUCUCAUCACUUUUAUACAGAUAUGGAAAAUUUAAUGAAACUCUCAUCAGAAAAUUUACUUAAUAGAUACUCAAAGGAUUAGAAUAUCUUCAUGCACAUGAAAUUAUUCAUAGAGAUAUAAAGGGUGCUAAUGUUUUGGUAGAUAAAGAUGGAAAUUGCAAAUUAGCAGAUUUUGGUAGCGCUAAAAAAAUUGUGGAAGAAAAGGGGCAUAACGAUUCAAUUAGAGGUACUCCUUAUUGGAUGGCUCCUGAAACCAUUAAAUAAUUAGGUUCUGGAAGGUUUGCUGAUAUAUGGAGCAUAGGUUGUACUGUGAUAGAAAUGGCUACAGCAAAACCUCCAUGGGCUGAUAAAAGUCCAAUCUAGGCAAUGUUUUAUAUAGCAAAUGCUUAAUAACCUCCACCAAUCCCAGAACAUCUCUCUCCCGUUUGUAAGGAUUUCAUCUCUAAGUGCUUAAAAAUAAACCCUAAUGAUAGAUACAAUGUAAGAUAGUUGCUCAAUCAUCCUUUCAUUUUAGGAAAAAGAUUAACUCAUGUAAGCUAACCAGGUAGACAAUUACCACUAAUUACAGAAGAAGCUACAGUAGACUAUCAAACUUCUUCUCCAGAUAAAAGAAAAGAAUUUUUAACGAGAGGAGAAAGCAGGGGAAAUACUUUAUUUCAUGAAGAGAAUAGCAUGAAAGAUACACUAACAGAGAAAACAUUAGUAUUUAGUGUGAAGACAAAAACUCAUAAAAGCUAAAAAAGCAGAAAAAGUAUCAGACUUCGUGAAAGUGAUGGUGAAAAUAGUUAAGAUAGCAUAGAUUUAGGAAAAUCUAAAAAUAUGAAUAAUCCUAGACCAUUGAAUCCUUAACCUAAAAUGAUUUAACCUAGGUCUUCUUAAUAAUAAUAGAAUUACUCAAACAAUAAAAAUCUUAAUUAUUCAGGAGAAAAAUUUUCUAAUAGCAUUGAUAAAAAUAAAGAUAAUAAUGAUAAUAGCAGUAAAAGUAGUGAUAGUAGCAGAAGUAGCAGCAAUAGCUCUAAUAGUCAAGAAAGGACAAAAAACAACACUUAAAUAAGCUACACAGGAACUGAUGCUAUGCCAAUAAGAAAGAAAUAAGUAACUCCCUUUAGUCUAAGUCAUAAGCAAUCGUCAUUAAACUAACAGUAAAGGCAAUAACCUUAAAGUCUUUAAAUACAAUAGCCUAGCGAGUACUCUGGUACUAAGUCAGUCUAUACAUCUGAAAUAGACAGAGACAAGAGCUCAAUCAUUACUAAAUAGUAAUCUUAUACAAGCUAGAACUCUAGUGAAGGUGGAAGACAAAAUAAUAAGCUUUUAGAAAAUAACUAAAAUUAACUUCCCACUAAUGGCAUUAAGAGUUAAGAAAGAGUUAAUUCACCAUUUAAAACAUAAAACGGCAAUGCAAAUAAUAAUCAAUAAAGUAAUAUUAACAAAAACGGUAUGAGCCAUUUUUCUAAUGGAGUAACCAGCUCAGCCAAUAAUAACAAUGACAACAACAAUGAUGGAGCAAACUUGAUAAGAAAUUAUGACUCGAAUAGCAGCAAUAGCUCUAAUAAAUAAAAUGAGAACAACUAAAAAAAACAAGAGGCUCCUAUUUACGUGCAAAACAUUGCAAGCAAUAAUAAUAGUUAAAACCAUAAUUUAAUUUUAACAUAAAGCUAAUAGUAAAUAACUCUUGGCUAAAAAUAAGCAGAUAGAAAAUCAUAAAAACUAAGAGAGUUAAACGAUUCUUCUUCAUCUUCCUCUUCACGACCAGCAAGCAAGUCUCCUUAACCAAAUCAAAAUAACCUUCCUAAUUUAUCUAAAAAUUCAUAAAGUAAAAAUGCAAGCAUUGAUAAAAGUGCAAUUGAAUAAAAAAAAUAAGAAGCAGCAUAAAAAUAGCUAAUUUACAUUGAUUGCUAUGACGAUGAAGAUGAAGACGAAGAGGAAGAAGUUUAAUUUCACUUUGAUUAGACUGCUGUUGAUUCAAUAAUGCGCCACUAAGGCAAUUAAAAUAUCAAUAACAAUAAUACACAAACAUAUACAAAUAAAACAAAUUCAGAAUAUAAUCGAAAUGCAAGAAAAACAGUCGACUCUUAGUAGCAGCCUAGUCAGCUGGUAGAUACCACUGCAGAUUCAUUUAACAGAGAUAAAUUUGGUAAAUUACGAUUUUCUAAACCAACUUCUCCAAAGCAAUUAAAUACUUAAGUCUCCGGAACUAACUUCAACAAUAAUAGCUUUGAUCAAAUAGCUAUCGAUAAUAAAACUGUAAUAACAGACAACACUAAUAAAAAUAAAAUAGGAUCAUUAAAAUAAGAACAAGUUAAAGAAUAUAGUAAAUAUUUUGGGUAGGGGUAAAGAAGUAGGAAUGACGAUUACAAAACAAGUUCUAUCGACUAGCACAUAAUAAACUAGUACAUGUAAUAAAAAUAAAAUAGCCACAACAACGAAAACAAUAACAAUAAUAACAACAAUUCUCCCUACAAUGACUUGACCAGGCAUAUUGAUUCUAUUAAUAUUGAUGAUUACUCUGAAUCUCAAUUUGAAAGUUAUAACUCUAAGGAAGCAAGAUCAAAAUAAAAUAUUAUAACCAAAAAUUAUUGA